GUUUCAUUGCUGAAUAUUGCAGGCUGGUCAUUUGGACUGUUGAUAAAGAAUCACUAAUGUUUGUUUCUGCUCUGCAUUGCUUAGGUACAGCCAGGUCUGCAGGCCGUGACAGGUCAACUAGUGGUUCACCCAGGUCUGCGGGCGUUGACAGGUCAACUAGUCGUACAGCCAGGUCUGCGGGCCGUGACAGGACAACUAGUCGCACACCCAGGUCUUUGGACAGGUCAACUUGUGAUUCGUCCAGGUCCAGGUCUGUGGGCCGGGACAGUUCAAUUAGUUGUUCAUCCAGGUCUGUGGGCCGGGACAAUUCAAGCAGUCGUGUACACAGGUCCCAGGCUGUGGAAGGUCUUUCACAUGAAAUGUCCAGUUAUAAUAGGGAUGUGCCAACCACAUUCCCCCUGUCAGAAGCGAAAUUCCAAAAAAUAGUGCUGACAAAGCUGGUGACUCUCACUGAUGAGGUCAAACAACUCCAGAGGAGCAUGCCUAAAUCUAGCAUUGAGAUCAUAAAGAUUAACACCUUGGAAGAGUUCGAGAGGGAGGAGGCUUCUCUUCUGGAUAAAAACAAAUUUGAAACCUUGGUUUGUCAGCUGGCAAAGGUGGGUGGGAAAGAUGUAAAGGACUGCACGCCACAAAGUGAUGGACAGCUUGUAACUGUUGAGAAUGACUUGUUGGAAGCGUGUGUGCUCUCAUCGCUCUCUUUUGUAGAAACCCAGUGCAACUCCCCAAGUCCUCCUGGCUUUAUGGUGGGCUGUUCUCCAUGA